GAGCGGCUCAACAAAGGCUACGCGUGCAGCUUGCAAGGGUGCUCGAGAGCUCAACUUGGGAUGACGACAUGACUUCUAAGACAACUCCAUGACGACACGGCACAGACUGUUCCACAGCCAAACAGGGCUGCUUUGGAUUGGUUUGGUGCUUCAAAUAAAUGGCCAGCUCCCUCCUCUAGGAGCUCGACGCUCCGGCCCAGUCUUAUCACCACCAUCGAACCGCAUCUCUGUUCAAUUGGAAUCAAUCCACACUUAACUACCGAUUUUCCGUCGUGAUACAACAGCAAAUCGUCAAAAUGGUCAAAGACGAUAAGGAUGUCAUCGCCGAGUUUAAUGAAUACGUCAACAUGACGGCCUCGGAGCUGGAGAAAUGGCUGAAGUCGGAGGAAUCCAACCAAGCCGGAUGGCGCAAGGACGGCGAAGACGGAAAAUCCGUUGGUCAAGACUCGGGCGAGAAAAUCAUUGAGAUUCUGAAAGCCAAUCCCGACAAGGAUCCGGAGAAGUACACCGAGGACCAGAUUCAGCACAUGCGAAAGGUGGCCUCGUACUGCAAGCGACAUCUGGCGCAGGAAACUGGAAGCCUCGAGGAAAAGGAUCCGGAGGAGGCGAAGAAGACCAAGUCUUACAUUAGUUUGAAGAAUUGGGGCCAUGAUCCGCUCAAGGAACAAAAUGGAGGCAAGUCUUCCAGCAAGAGUGGAAGCAAACCCGAGUCAAAGAGUAAGGACGGAGAAGCAGAUGACGACGGGAAGGAAGAGAAAGCCGAUGAUGUAGCAGAGGGUGAGGGCGACGAGGAGGAUGUAGGAGAGGACGACAAGAAGACCGGUGAUAAGAGGAAGAAAUCUGGGUCACAAAACGGAUCCAACAAGAAGAGGGAGACCCGCCAAGGAGCCUCCUCAAAGAAAGAUGGCGAAGAGGAUGCUGAUGAAGAAGACGAGGAUGCCGAGGGCGAUGGUGAAAAUGGCGGAGAGGAAGAGGGAGGCGGCGAGUCUGGAGGCAAGAAGCCAUCUAAGAAUGGGCCCGCGAAGGGAGAGACAGUGAGCUGGAAGUGGGGCAGUGGCAACCCCGAGGGCAAGGUGCUUGAUGUCAAGGAGGACGAAGCAACAAUCAAGACUAAGAGAGGCAACGAGGUUUCUCGGAAGGGAGACCCGGAGGACCCUGCUGUGAUCCUGGAUACCGGAAAGUCCAAGGCUAUCAAAUCCGCACACGAGUUGAACUGAGCGGUCACAAUCUACACGAAAAACAACUUCAUGAGAUGGCGGUGACUUUAGCAUACAUAUUCACCGAAUUACAGGACAGCUACUACUGAGUGCAUAAAAAUGUUGGCUGCUAGAGGAUGACACGAGCGUCUGAUCAUUGGUACUGCGAAGGGCCGGUAAGGAUCAUUGCGAGGAUACUUGGCAGUGCAUCUCGGUAGUUGAGUAUGUGUAAAAGCAAUGCUGGCUGCAAGUUGCUACAUUU